GUAAACAAAGCUCUUUCGAUUGAUACCUAUACCCUGUGCAUGUACGUCGCGUCCCGGAUCCCAUGUCCACGUACGUCCAUAGCUAGCUAUAAUAUUAUAUAUAUAGUAAGACCCUGUCAUACUAGGUUGGAUUCUAUUUGUCUAUUAUACUACCCGUAGAGUAAUGCGUUUCCAUGUGAGGAAGGUGUUGCUAUUAGUGGUGGCCUUGAUUGGCCUUUGCUCUCUCCUCUGCUGGUGGUCGUUCCCACGGUCACCCUCCAAACUGCCCCACCCUAUCACCAAGGAGUGGAUCGUUAGAGACAAGAUAGAGGAAGAGCUUAAAGUGCACUGGGGCAAGAGCACAACGGCUGUCACAACAGAGGAGAAGGACGAAGAGAAACUGGGUUUUGACAGAAAUGGAUUCAACGAGUUUGCCAGUAGGCGAAUCCCUCUGGAUAGAUCUGUACCUGACACAAGGCAUUCUCAGUGUCGAUGGAAGUCGUACCCCUCUGACCUGCCCACUGCUUCAGUUGUGGUUAUCUUCCGUAACGAGGCUUUCACUGUUCUCCUGCGUACUAUCUCGAGCAUCAUCAACCGAUCUCCACCAGAACUGUUACAUGAGAUUGUGUUAGUGGAUGACUUCAGCGAUCAUGAGGAACUUCAUGGCCGACUGGAAGACUGGAUCAGACCAGACCCGAAAAUAAAAAUAAUUCGUCUCAAGAAACGGGAAGGUCUUAUCAGAGCCCGAUCUGCCGGUGCAGAAAUCUCUACUGGUGAUGUCUUAGUGUUUCUGGAUUCGCACUGUGAAUGCAACGUAGGCUGGCUGGAGCCCAUGUUGGAACGUAUAUACAAGGAUCGUAGCACUGUGGUGUGUCCGGUCAUAGAUAACAUCUACUGGAAAAAUCUACACUAUGCUACUGGCGGUGGAGUUGUGGGCAAUCGUGGUGGUUUCAACUGGGGCCUGGUGUUCAAGUGGAGGAAGGUGCCCAAGUAUGAGGAGGAGAGGAGAGGAAAUGACCCCACCAGAGAGCUCAAGUCCCCUACAAUGGCCGGGGGAUUGUUUGCCAUAGAGAGGAAGUAUUUCUACGAGGUUGGUGCCUAUGACAACGGCAUGGAGAUCUGGGGAGGGGAGAACUUGGAAAUAUCAUUUCGGGUGUGGAUGUGUGGUGGUCAGUUGGAGAUCAUUCCCUGCUCUCACGUGGGGCACAUCUUUCGAGAGAAGAACCCCAACACCUUUCCUGGGGGAGUGGGGGACACACUGGCCAAAAACAACCUCCGUCUCAUCGAAGUUUGGAUGGACGAAUACAAGAAGUACUACUAUGAAAGAAGACCGGAUCUGCAGCGGAGACAUUUGGACUAUGGCGAUAUCAGUGAGAGGGUGGAGCUCAGGAAGAGGCUGGAGUGCAAGUCUUUUAAGUGGUACCUGGAGACUGUUUACCCAGAGCUUCCAUUACCAGAUGAGAACCUAUGGCAUGCUGGAGAGCUGCGCAACCCUAGCAGUGACAAUUGUCUGGACACUCUUGGUAACCGUGAGGGCAAGACAGUGGGCGUGUAUCGUUGCCAUGGACAGGGAAACCAUCAGGAGUUUGGCUUCACGGACAUGAAUCAGAUAGUGUUUGAGGAUGACCUGUGUCUGGACGUUGCUAAACACUCGGCCAAGGCGGAGAUAAACAUUCAAAUGUGCCACUUUAUGGGAGGCAAUCAGAAGUGGAACUAUGAUAACAAGACCCAUGUCCUCAAGCAUGAUCCCACUGGUCACUGCAUGGAGAUAAGCCCCGAGGGCUCGGGCGUCUACAUGAAUCCCUGUGAUGGAUCGUCUAGACAAGAGUGGAUCUGGAAGAGACAUUACACACCCAAAAGAACAGUCAAAAAUUGGUUCUAAUAUCACUCCAAUUAUCACAAAUUAUCUUUAUUCACAACCUGCCUUAGUUUCAGAGCUGAGCUCCGCCCUCUCUUUUUAGUCUAAUUAUCAGUAUUUCAUAUUGAGAGUAACAUUGAAA